AGGUGACUUUUAAGGGUCUGUACUUGCAAAGAAGGGUCACAGUUCCAGGAGCGGCUCCCAGCAGCUGGCGUUCCACGGACCCCUUACCUCUGGCAUGCUGUCACUCCGGAGGGAGUGGGUGGGCCUUGCAACCUGUCCAAUCAGGGGAGACGUCAGGGCAAGGGGGUGGGGCGACGCUCCGCAGGCGCGCCGCGGGAGGCUUCUGGCUCCCGCCAUUGUUUGGAUCGCGGGUCGCCUGCGCUGAAGUCCUCCACGUCGCUGUGCCUCGGGUUCUGUCUUGCUGAGCCCUGGACCUUCCUCGGAAAUCGUAGGUAGGACGCCGGGAGACACAGGAAAGCUAGAAAUGAGUGAAGCUGUGACAGAGGCUGGGUUGACCCCUGUAUACCCUGUGGAAAGAGGUAACGCCUCAUUCAGCGUUUACUCCUGGGAGAGCAGACAUUUGGAAAGAGAAAGAAGAAAGGGUGAUAAGCAGCCAGUAAGUGGUGGGCUGAGUCCACACUCCGAAUACCAGAUGGUUGAAUGGGACCUUUGAGUACCUCUGCUGCUCCUGCCCCUGCCUCUUCUGCAAGAAAUAUCCUGACUCUGCGGAUUUGAGAGGACAGCAUCCAUGGCACCCUUUGACACAGCAAUGGGAUUGGUUCAAAGCUGACUUAAGCUCCCUGUCCUUAAACCCAUGAAAGCAACCAGUUAUCAUGGGGAAGGCUCCUAACCCUGAUGGCACUGAUUUGAGACUCUCAGGAGGAAACCGUUUAUAAACGCCAGGGUAGAAAGGCACCCCCUCUGCCAAAGUAUAUCCAGGGACAAAGAAAACAAAAGAGGGAUGCUCGAGGAAGGGACUAAUAGAUAAAGUACUGAAACAAAGGACCACAAUUUGACUGAAUUGGAAAUCCAAAAUGUACAAAAAGAAUUUAUACAACAGAACAGGACUCGGUGGCCUUUGAGGAUGUGACUGUGAAGUUCACCUUGGAGGAGUGGGCCCUCCUGGAUCCAUCCCAGAAGAAACUCUACAGAGAUGUGAUGCAGGAAACCUUCAGGAACCUGGCCUCAAUAGUAUGUAUUUCAGAAGAAAAAUGGGAAGUCUAUGACAGUGAAGAUCGGGAUGAGAAUCAUGGGACACAUCUAAUCAGUCAAAUGGUAGGAAGACUCUGUAAAUGUAAAGAAUGUAGCCAGUAUGAAGGAAUCUUCGGCCAGAUUCCAAAUCAGAAUCUGAAGAAGAGAACUCCUACUGGAAUAAAACUAGGUAAAUGCCCUUUGUGUGGACAGGUGUUCAUGCAUCAUUCAUCUUUUAACAAGCACCUGAGAUCUCACGCUGGACACAAACUAUAUGAGUAUCAGGAAGGUGAAGAGAAGCCUUAUAAAUGUAAGCGUUGUGAGAAAUCCUUCAAGCAUCGCCAAUCCAUUCGAAUGCACGAAAGGUUGCACACUGGACAGAGACCCUAUGAAUGUAAGCACUGUGGGAAAGCUUUCAUUUGUCGCAAUUACUUUCAAAUCCAUCAAAGGGCACACAGUGGGGAAAAGCCCUACAAAUGUACAGAAUGUGGUAAAACCUUUAGUUAUUCAAGUAACUUACGUAAACACGAAAGGACUCAUAUCGGAGAGAAAUCUAGUGAAUGUAAGCAGUGUGGUAAAGCUUUCAGUUGUGUCAGGUCCUUUCGAAUACACGAAAGGAUACACAGUGCAAAAAAGCCCAAGGAAUGUACAAAAUGUGGUAAAACCUUCAGUUACUCAAGUAAUUUACAUAAGCAUGAGAGAAGUCAUAAUGGGGAGAAACUCUAUGAACGUAAAGAAGGUGGGAAAGCCUUGCAUUCUCUCACCAAAUUUCGAAGACCCGUGAUCAAGCACAAUGGAGAUGGACUUUAUCAAUGUAAGGAGUGUGGGAAAGCCUUCAGGUGUCCCAAAAACUGUCGUAGUCAUGAAAUGACACACAGUGGAGUAAAGCCGUAUGAAUGUAAGGAAUGUGGUAAAGCUUUCAGCUCUCCCAGGUCCCUUGGAAAACACAGAAGAAUUCAUACUGCAACGAAGCCUCACGAAUGUAAGGAAUGUGGUAAGGCUUUUCGUUAUCCCAGUUCCCUUCGAAAUCAUGAAAGAACUCAUACGGGGGAGAAACCUUAUAAGUGUAAGGAAUGUGGGAAAGCUUUUAGUUGUCCCAAUUAUUUUCGAAUUCAUGAAAGAACUCACACUGGAGUAAAACCAUAUGAAUGUAAGCAGUGUGGAAGAGCUUUCAGUUGUCCCCAGUCCUUUCGGAUACACGAAAAGACGCAUAGCGCAGAAAAGCCCUAUGAAUGUGCAAAAUGUGGUAAAGUCUUCAGGUACUCCAGUAACUUACGCAAACAUGAGAGAUCUCAUACUGAUGAUAAACGCUAUGAAUGUAAACUAUGUGGUAAGGCCUUCAGCAGUCACUAUUAUGUUCAAAAACAUGAAAGAACUCACACUGGAGAAAAACCCUAUGAAUGUAAGGAAUGUGGGAAAGGCUUCAUUUUUCGCUCAGGUGUUCGAUCGCACAUGGUAAUCCACACUGGGGAUGGGCCUUAUAAAUGUAAGAAAUGUAAAAAAGCAUUUAUUUCUCCCAGUUCGUUACGAACACAUGAAAGAACUCACACUGGAGAGAAACCUUAUCAAUGUAAAACUUGUAGUAAAACCUUCAGUCUUACAAAUUCCUUACGAAAUCAUGAAAGAACUCAUACAUGAGAGAAAUGUAUGUGGUAAAGCUUUUUCCUAUUUUCCUAUGAAAAUAAGGAAUGUGAGAAAGCAAAAGAUUUGUUGCAUAAUCUUUCAUGGACACGUAAGAAUGCACACUGGAGAGGAAUUGUAGAAAUGCACAGAACGCAAGAAAGCCUUCAGUUGUCCUGUUUCCUUCAGAACUUACCAAAAGUCACAGUGGAGAGAAUUCUAUUGGUAAUAAACAAUGUGGGAAACCUUCA